AUGAGUCAGCGCAGCAACGGGGUCUUCAUCAACGAGCCCAAGGGCCUCUUUAUCCUCCGGUGGUACCGUGAGGUGAAGGGUGACGGGACCCCCCCAGACGGCCCGCGCUACCAGAACAGAGCGUGCAAGUACUACAAGCUGACGAGCGACAACGAUGGGGAGGCCUUCCGCUGGACCAGCAACUACCAGAUCAUCAGCAAGGUGUACCUGAAGAAGCACUCCACCCUGCCACUCUGCUAUUCUCUCAGUGCGGCAGACAAGAAGAUGGUGACGUCCACCAUGAAAAAGAUGCUGGCCGCUACCUCGAUGACCGGCGACGGAGGCAACGACUGCGGUGCACUGCGGCUCGCCCACUGCGGCCUCGCCAUGUCCGAGGCGGAGGCGUCGGUGGUGUCGCCUUUCACCACGUCGAUGGGAUCUGCGACCGCCCUGGUCGACAUCUUUCUCGAGGGGCGCGCCACGCUGGCCACCUCCUUCGCCGCGUACAAGUUCCUCAUCAGCUACGGCCUCUACUUUUCCAUCCUCAAGCUGCUCUCCUACUACUGGUCCGUCCUCCUCUCCAACGCAACCUACUUCCUCGUCGACGCGCUCGCCGUCACCGCCGUCACCGGCACCACUGUCCUCGCCCUCCCGCUCCGCUACCUCGCCAACGCGCGGCCGUCGCACUCGCUGCUCUCGUACUCGACUGUCAUGUCGUGCCUCGGCGCGGGCCGGAGACGCAACGCCUGGCCGCCCCGCGCCGUAGGCACGUGGCUCAUCACGAUGGCCUUCGUCUCUUACCAGCUCUACCGCAUGACGAAUCACCCCGACUACGUCAAGUGGCCGUCGCAGGGCUCCACCGGCGCCUCCUGGUGGCUGCUCUCCGACAACUGGGAGUGCACCGUCCUCUUCCCCGCCUUCUUCAUGCCCUUCUUCACCACGGCCUUCGCCUACUCCUUCGGCGCACAGCGACACCUAGCAGCACCUGGGCCGAUGCCGCCCCUUCUGCGAACGCCGCGACCCCGCCGACCCUGGGCCGGCCCUGCACUGCUCUCAUAUGCGAUGCGCAGCACCAUCCCCAUCGCCCCGCAGGCACGCAGAGUACUGACGGGCGCUGCCCCACCUCGCCCCAGGCUGCUCGGCCUGCAGACUUUCUUGCUCCUCUCGCCCUCGACGUGGUUCACCCAGACCUUCCACAUCGCCUCGGAGCAGUUCAACCGGCCGUGCCCCGCAAGCUGCUACGGCGAGGAAAUCGCGCACGCGUCCAGCUUCGCAUACGAGGGCGACUGCGCGGACUGCCCCACCUGCGACUUGUGGCUGCAGUGGCAGCAGCCGUGCUCUACCCUGAGUGCGGAAAACGCGGCAAUCCAGGAGGGGAAGGACAUGUGCGGCCACGAGGCCUCGCCGCCGAUGCCCUUCGAGUUCCGCGCGGGAGUCAUGGCCCUCUGCUACCUCAACUGCUUCCUAAUUAUUGUGUGGGAGAGGAUCCUCGUCCGCGGUCCGAUUGGCAAGUGCCUCGACAGCGGCGACAGCGAAGAGAAGCUCACGUUCCGGCUUUGA